AUGAGGAAGCUGAGGGUGAGGCGUGGGAGUCUCUCUGCCAACCUGAAGAUUGGGGAUGGCCGUGGCCACCACCGGAGCCCGGAGGAGGAGGCUGCCCACAUCCCCUUUGCCCAGGACAGUCUGAUAAAGCAGUGGAGCUCCAUGCAGGAUGUUGCUGAUGGAAACCAGGAGGCAAACAAGACUCCCAUCCAAAGGAACAAGUACUUGCUCAACAUCAAUGUCGGGGGCAGAUUGUUCCACAUAGCUUACAAGGUGGCAGCCCGGUACCCCAUCACCAGGCUUGGGAAGCUGGCCCUUUAUACAGACCCCAUGAAGAAGCUGCAGCUCUGUGAUGAUUACUCGGUGCAGAAGAAUGAGUAUUUCUUUGACAGAGACCCAUCAAUUUUCCACUACAUCUUCCACUUCUACUGCAGCGGGGUCCUGUGGAUAAUGGAUGAGAUUUGCCCCAGUAACUUCGUGGAGGAAAUCGAGUACUGGGGAAUCCAUCUGAAAUACUCCCAACGCUGCUGCCGGAUCCUGUUUGAGGAAAAGCAAGAUGAACUCAGUGAGUACCUGAAAGUACAGAGAGAGCUGGAAGCAGAACUGGAGCCCAUAGACUCAGUGGAGCAGUUUGAGGGAAAGUUUCUGGGACAGUUUCGAAAGAUGAUCUGGAACCUCAUUGAGAACCCAUUCUCUUCUGUCCCGGCCAAGAUCAUUGCUGUCAUGUCAAGCUUCUUUGUGCUUAUCUCCAUCGUGGGCAUGACACUGAGCACAGUAGAGGAGAUGAAACACAAGACAGGGAAGAUGUGGAUGGAGCAGCUGGAGAUGGUCUGUGCCAUCUUCUUCACCUCCGAGUACCUCAUGCGGCUCCUGUCUUCCUCCAGCUUCAAGAACUUUUUGCGGGCAGCCUUCAAUGCCAUAGACCUGGUGGCCAUCCUCCCCUUCUACAUCCAGAUCCUCUUUGAAAAUCUAGAUGAGGGAGACGUGCUUUACCACGAUGAGCUGCACAAGAUGGAGAACGUGAGCAAACUGGGCAAAGUCCUCAAGAUCAUCAAGCUGAUGAGGAUCUUCCGCAUCCUCAAGCUGGCGCGCCACUCCACCGGCCUCCGGGCCUUCGGCUUCACCAUGAGGCAGUGCUACCAACAGGUUUGCUGCCUCUUCCUCUUCAUUGCCAUGGGAAUCUUCAUCUUCUCUGCUCUCAUGCACUCGGUGGAACACGAUGUCCCAGGCACCAGUUUCACCAGUAUCCCCUACGCGUGGUGGUGGGCAGCGGUGAGCCUCUCCACUGUGGGCUAUGGUGACACCGUGCCCGACACCAUGCUGGGCAGGCUGGUGGCAUUUGCCUGCAUCUCCUUUGGCAUCAUCCUCAAUGGCAUGCCCAUCUCCAUCCUCUACAACAAGUUUUCUGACUAUUAUGCCAAGCUGAAGGCUCACGAGGUGGAGACUGGCCAGUUCUCCAGGAGGCUCAACUUGAAGAAGCGAGUCCUGCGGAAGCUGUCGGAAUGCUGCAAGGCUGAUCCCCACUGUCACCGCUGACUAAGGUCCCUUCAGCCCCUGGAUGUCCCCUCUGCCUCUGCUGUCACCUUCCUCAGCACUGUGUGCCAGCCCUGCAGUCAGCUAAGGCUCAGCUGAAGGUGACACUCUUCAUCCCAGGCAUGUCUGGGGCACGGGGCAUCUCAAGGACACAGGGAUUGAGCUGGGGAGUGUGUGAGGCUGAACUCUUGUCACCUCUCUGGGGCGGUAGAACUGGACACCUGUGCUGAGGUGCAGCCCCGUGGGACACUCGUGGGAGCUGCUCUGCCCCUGGGUUGAGGGGGGGGAUCCACAGGCUCCCCCCUCAGGCACGGCCCAGGACCCCACAGCUCCUUCCCAGCUGAGCAGAUGUUUAACCCAGGCUGAGUCCAGCUUGGAGAUUUGGGUGACAACCCCAAAAGAGACCACAGCCCCUCCCCCUGCCAGCCAGACCCUCAUCCCUUCCCACUGGGAAUAUGGCUUGGGAUGCCGCUGUGCUGGGAACUGGGAGCAGCCUGGGGGUGCAGGG